AUGUGCACGGCGUUGAUGUCAGACCCGCCCGACACUAGUGUUUGCGACGACCCCGAGGUUGAUAUCUAUGGUAAAACGGGCGUCAAUCUUGCCAACUUCGUCUGGGUUGCGCAAAGGCUCAGCAAAGGCGUCAUUUUCACACAUGCGGCUGGCCCAAACAAGGGAAAGGUUGGAAAGCGCAUGAGUCCCAUCGAGAUGCGUGCGGCACAGGAAAAUGAUUUCAGCUCAGUUGCCACAGGCAAUGAAGGCUUCGAUAAUGACCAAUCUAUCCCGAUCGAGUCGCGUGAUACAGAUAUCGAGUUUGAAGAUUGGGACAAUGAAGAUUGGGAGGCUUUGAAUGAAGGCUUUGAAUAG